GUAAAUCAAACAAAUUCGAUGUUGUGUUGAUCGAUACAGCUGGUCGUAUGCAAGACAAUGAACCUUUAAUGCGUGCUUUAUCUAAGUUGGUAUCCGUAAAUAAACCCGAUAAGAUAAUAUUUGUUGGAGAAGCUUUAGUUGGUAACGAGGCAGUUGAUCAACUCACGAAAUUUAAUCAGGCAUUGAAAGAUUUUUCAGGAUUACAAAAUCCGAGACACAUUGAUGGAAUUAUAUUGACUAAAUUUGAUACUAUCGAUGACAAGGUUGGAGCUGCUUUGUCAAUGGCUUAUACAACUGGACAACCCAUAUUAUUUGUGGGAACUGGUCAAACAUAUACAGAUUUAAAAAAUAUGAGA